AUGGAUUUCCUUACUCCUGACAAAAAUCUUUGCAGUUAUGAUUUACGAGAUAGUGUUAAAAACACUUCGACUAUACCACCAGGAUACGUCCCUCCUCUCAUUCGAGGUCUUAGUUUAGAUGAUUCUGUGAAAUCCACGUCAUGGUCCACUUCAAAACAAAAGCCACAUUCCUUAUAUCUGGGGAUUAAUCAGGGAUAUAAUGACACCAGUUCAUUAGAUUCUAUUUUUCCUCAAUCAAAUACUUUUAAUCAAAAAACAACAACAAAAAUAAUAAUAAAUGAUAAAUCAUAUCAAAAAAAAUCUUCAACAGUUCCAAAUGUUAUGAAAAUUGUACGUAAAAGUUAUGAUACGCUAGAUGUUGGUAGAAAUCGUUAUGAAAAACAUUUAAAACUUGAUCCUGAAUUAAUUGCUCAACAAGUCACUUUAAUUGAAUUAGAAUACUUUCAAGCAAUUGAAGCAGAUGAAUUUUAUACAUUAAAAUGGAAUAGUAAAGAAAAACUACAAUAUGCUCCAAAUAUUGUUGCUUCUACAAGAUGGUUUAAUCAAAUUAUAUUCUGGGUUCAAAAAGAUAUAUUAAAUGAGAAAAGUUUAUCGAAGCGAACAGAAAUAUUAUCACAUUUUAUACGAAUAACAAAGAAACUAGUUGAUUUAAAUAAUUUCUCAUCAGGAAUGGCUAUGAUAUCUGCAUUACAUAUGCAAUGUAUUCAUCGAUUAAAUGCUACAUGGUCUAAUUUAUCUUCACGUGAUCGUCAUACAUUUCGUAAAUUGUCAGAUUUAUUCUCUCAAGAAGAUAAUUUUAUUCAUCUUCGUUCAGCUGUUGAUAAUUCACGUCUUCCAUGUAUACCAUAUUUAGGUGUUUAUUUAUCUGAUUUAACUUUUAUUGACGUGGCUGCAUCAUCAUCGUAUAGUCGUCGUGAAAAUAGUACAUGGACUAAUCAAGGUAAACAAGAUCGAAUUAAUAAUAUAUUAAGGAUUAUUGCAAAUUUUCAACAAUCCAACUAUCCUUUUGUUCGAAAUGAAUCCAUAGCCAGUUAUUUAGAAGCACAACGUUACAUAGAAGAACUUCAACGUUUUAUUGAAGAUGCAAAUUAUAAAUUAUCUAUUCAAUUAGAACCUCCACCUAUAUCAUCUUCAUUAGAUAUAUCACGUCAAAAUACUGUUCCACCAAAUUAUUCAUUUCUAAAUAAUAAUAAUAAUAAUAUAUUAAAACCUGUACCAAUUUAUAAUUGUACAACAAAUAUUACUUCCAAUUGUGUUACCAUAACAACAACGACAACAUUGUCUUCCAUUAAAACUACUACCACAACAUCACCAUCAUCAUCAUCAUCAGCAUCAUCAUCAUCCUGUAAAACAUCAACUAUAAAUAAUAAAACAACAGGAACAAAACAUACUAACAAUAGUAAUACAUUUAAUUCAACAGUAAAUCAACUGGAAAAACAAAUUAAAUCUAAUUCAAUAUUAUAUGAUUUAAUUGAACCACCAAUUCUACCUCCACCACCUCGUGUUAAACAAACAUAUUCUCAAGAAGAUAUUUCAAAACCAUCCAAUAUUCAUUGUUUAACAUCACAUUAUUCUGUAGUGAAUUCAAUUCAACGACCUCGUAAACGACCAACUCAUCGAAAACUAGGCAGUUGGGGAGGAUUCGGACUGUUAUUCUGUGAUAAUGAUACAACACUAACUAUUGAUACUACUGAAAAUAAACAAAAUUUAUCUACUUCAACUAAUACCAGUACUACUAACACUGGUAGCAGUAGUCAUCUUUUACCUCGAUCACCGCGUUUUGAUAGGAAUAUGAAAUUAUCUGUUGAUAAUCUUGAAUCAACAAAAAAUUCCUUAUCCAAUCAGAACCAUGGUUUCAUUAACAAAUCCUCCUCACCUACAAUACUCAAAAAAUCAAUCAAUAAUAAUACUAAUAAUAAUCAUAUUAAUACCAAUAUGAAAACUACUUCAUCUAAACAACAUAAUGAUGAUCUUAAUUUAAUAUUUAAUCAUUCCUCGUCUAAUUCCUCGACAUCUUCACCUCAACUUCUUGUAUUCACUGAUUAUUUAAAUAAUCCAGAUAAUAAGACUAAUAAUCAUAAUAAACAAUCUAUAAAAAAAGAGCAAAUGAUUACUAACCAUUUAACGCCUAUUUAUUCAUCAAAAUCAUCAUCAUUAUCAUCAUCAUCAUCACCUUCAUCAUCGCAUCAUUCUGUUAUUGAAUUACCAUGUAUUAUGGAAUCUAAAUCAAUGGAUUCACAAUGUUAUCAAUCAUCUAUUUUCUUUCAUGAUAUAUCGAAUACAAAAACUGCUCCUGUUACACCAUGUCGUAGAAUAAAACAACAUCAAUACAAUUAUACUCCAGGAAUAUCAAAUAUUGAACAGAAAAAAUAUACAAAUAUCACUACGACUACUACUACUACUACUACUACUACUACUGACAAUGAUAAUAAUAAUAAUAGUAAUAGUAGUACUAGUAGUAAGCAUAAAUCUUCUACAAUGCUUAUUACGAAUACAACAUGUAAUGAUUUACAUAGUAAACAUUAUCAAAAAAAGAAAAAUCUAUCCCAUUGUAAUCCAUCUACUGAACAUGGGAAGAAAAUUUCUGUUGCUAAACGAUUACUUCAUAAUUCUCCACCUAAUAGUAGUAGUAGUAGUAGUAGUUCACCUUCAAUACUCCAUCAAUCAUUGUUUAUAUCACCUCAGAAAGAUUAUUCAAUUAAUAUUUGUACUACACCAAUAAGAAAUCAUAUCGAUCCAAUUCAUUAUCGUCUUUCACAAACUUUUCCAUUUAUAUUAUCUACAUCCAAAAUGAAAUCAUCAUCAUCAUCAUCAUUAAAUUUAUCUAAAUUAUCAUCACAUCAACAACAAUUUCAACAUGAUUCUUCUAAAAAUCUAUCUCAUUUAGCUUUAGCUGCUGUUGCAGCUGUUCAAGUAACCAUUUCCAAUAAUAAUGAUUAUAAACAGAUGAUAAAUGAUGAGAAUGUUACUUUUGUUCAUCAUCAUCAUCAUCAUCAUGAUCAUCAUCAGCAGCAUCAUUCCCCGGUUUUAAUGUCAACAUCGAAUUUUUCUCAUUCACAAUCUUCUCCAAUAAACUCAACUUAUUUAAAUAUAAAAUUAGCAAAUAAUUUAGAAGUAAUUCGAGAAGGUCCUUUACUAUGUUGUACUACCUCUUUAACAUCAUUUAAAAUUGCCAAGUGCCAUCAUCAUUCCUCAUCAAUCAGUAGUAAUACAUCAUCAUCAUCACCACCACCACCACCACCAACACAAUUGUCAACUUCAUUGACGACAGAUCAUUUGAAUAUUUCCACUUAUCCAUUUUCUCAAACUCUUCAUAAUAUGAAUCUAUCAACAUUGGAAUUACAAGUCAAUAAUGAUAAUCAAUCACCAAUUGAAAAACAACAACAACAACAACAACAAAAUAAGUCAUAUACACAUGAAAUAUAUUCAUCAUCAUCACCAACUAUUAAUGCUAAUCUUUCAUAUUCCUAUUCACAAACUUCAUUAUCUUCCAUGACAUUAGAAUCGUCUAGUUCGUUAUCAUCUUCCUCGUCCUCCUCCUCCUCCUCUUCUUCUUCUUCUAAUACUAAUAAUAAUAAUAAUAUCCAUGAAGUUGAACAAUCUAAAGAAUAUAGAAAUGAACAUUUCUAUCCUCAAUCUAUUUCUACACAUUGUCAUUGUAAAUAUUUUAGAAAAUCUCUAUUUUCACGUACAUUUUCUAAAAAAUUUAAACAUUAUUGGGCUGUACUACUUAUUUCAUUAAAUAGUAGUAAUAAUACUAGUAAUCAAUCGAAUUCAUCACAAUUUAUAUUCAAUAAUCAAUAUGCCUUUUUAGUUUUAUUUAAAACUCAUACAAAACAAUUAAUUUCAUGGUCUAUUUUAUCUUCAUAUUUCAAUUUAUCAAAAUUGUAUAAAACUCAAUGUAUCAAUUUACCAAAUUAUUAUUCAGCUAGUCGAUGUAAAGUCUUACGUAUACAAGAUGUAUGCAUUGAUAAUAAUUAUAAUAUUCAACCUCCAUUGAAGAAUCAUUGUAUUCAUUCAACUGUAUUAGUUUUAGUGAAUUAUUCAAAUAAAGAAAAAGUAUAUCGAUUAAUGUCUCCAAUUGCACAAUAUUCAUGUACACAAUCAAUGACAUGUAAAAAUUCAAAUAGAAGUUCUUCCAAAAUUAUUGAACAUACUAAUCAAUUUGGUGUUGCAUUGAAUUCCGAUAUUCAGAUUACACAUCGUGAUCUGUUGCUACCUUCUUGGUCAUGGACUACUAAAACGGUUCAUCGAUUUAAUCAAGUAAUAAAACAGAAAUUUGGCACAAUUUCAAAAAUAAAUCGAAAUAAAUAUGACUUAUCAUCCAACAUAACAACCACAACAACCACAAGAACAACAACAACAGAAACAACUAACAUUUCUCCUUCUCCCCCUCCUACCAUUCCAUCAAAUGAUUAUUUAUUAAAUAAAUCAUUUCAAUGGCUUCUUCCAUUACUUACUAUUUUUCCAUCUACCUCAUAA